GAAACAGACUUUUCCUUAUGCACUACGGUCUUCAAAGAUUGCCUUUCGUCACAAUUUCAUCUAUCACUUAAUGGGAUUUUGAUUGAUUGGAGUGUAGUUUGCCUCUCACGACACUUAAACAUAAGAGAAAUAUAGUAAUCUCCUCAAAUCCUGUACUUUGGAGAUAUUUGAGACCUCUCACAUCCCGUAGAAAGCAGCUCCACGGGUGCGCGCGCAGGGCUGACCGUGUCCACGAGCUAUUAACAACAAGAGGAGGAUCCGUGAUAUUAUCGGCGACUGGUUAAACCUGCUCAAAUAUAAAACACAUAAAACCACAUCGUCAGCAGGGUUAAGGGAUGGAGUUCCCUGUAGAUGUAUUGGUGUCUGGCAGACAUGAGGACUUGGAAAGUUCAGUCCAGAGCUACAUGAACAAACUGCUCUACAGCAACCCAGAUAACACAAAAUACCUUACCCUGCCCAGCAUGAGAAAGGUCCGGAUCAGUCCUGCCAAUGUUGGGUUUGUUCCUCUUUAUGGAGCCAAUCUCAAACACAAAGUCCUGGCUCUGUUUGCUCCUGAGGACCAGUUCACAGCUGUGGCAUUGUUCUUGGCUGAUCAGUGGUACGCAGUGGAAGAUAUUCUCAGAACGUCAAAUCCUGCAAGAGAAGGCCUUGUAAAGGUAAGAUCUGUGGGCGAGAGGAUUGUCUUGUAUGUGCUAAACCGCAUCAUUUACCGGACGGUGGAAAUGGGUUCUAAUGAGGUGCCGUUCCUGUGCCACGGAGAAGACGUCUUUGCCAAAAUCCUCUGGAAGAAUGGAGAGGCGGUGGGCUUCUACUCUGUCAAAUCUAAAGGCAGCCUGUGUAAUAGCUUUGUGAGCCAGUGCUACCUACUUCCUGUUCUGGACUCCAUUUUUGUGCGGAAAGAUCACCGUGGUAACGGUCAUGGCUUGCAGAUGUUGGAGGACUUUGUGGACUCCUUUAAAGAUGACGAACUGGGCUUGAAAUACCCUUUAACACCAGCAAUGCAAAAGGUAUGCAGACAGUACCUGAGCGCAUACUCGGCCGAUGUGGACCUGCUGUGGGAGGUGGAAGGAGUUGGAGGUCCCUACCAGAAAGUGAAAGUGGCAAGCAAACUUGGCUCCGUGACACUACAAUGCAACCACAGCUCAUGGGCAGCAGAAGAAAGCAAAAACAGAGAGGUUGCGGUUGAUGAGGUGGAGAUGACUGAGGAGAGCUGCCUGGACAUCACAGAGGAUGUGGUGGUAGUCAACAAACAUCUCAAAGUAGCAGAAGAAAUUAGUGGCUUGCCCAUUUCCACACGCACACGGAGCAGCGAACGCAGACAAAAGAAAAGGCUACGGGAAGAACCAGAAGGGAGUGCUGUGGAGAACCGACCUGAAAAAAUCAACAGAGUGGUCGAACCAGAAACCGAGACAGAACCUGAUGCUGUUGUGCCAGAGACUAAAGAACACACGGAUGGAGAAAGUGGAGGAGGAGAAGAUGGAGCAGCAACCUCUGUCCAGGUGGAGGAGGCUGUAUCCAAUGAGGCCCCUGCAGACACAGAAAUUCUGGUGGCAGAAGUCAAUGGAGAAAUGACUGACAGUCAAGAAGAAGAGAAUGAGGGGUCAGCAGUCACAACAGAGGAUGCAAAGGCUGAACCUGUCAUCCAAAAUGGCACUGCUGAGGAGAUGGAGGCAGAGGGAGAAGCACAGGAUGACAUCAUUAACACCCCUGAAGAGUCUGAAGUAGUGGAACAGAUCGACCAAGAACUUGUUACUGAGGAGAAACAGGAUGCAGAGGCAGAACUUUCUUCUCCAGUUGAGGAGGAAGAGGAAGUUCAGCAGGAACAGGAAGAGGAAGUAGCUUCUGCAGUUGAGGAUGUAGCUUCAGCGCUUGAGAAAACCGAAGACACUGAUCAUCCACCAGCUGUUCCUGAGGCGCCAGUCAUUCCAGCCGACCUGGUUGAGUGUGUUUCCUCUGUGCGGGACAGUGAUGCAGUAGAGGAAGCAUCUGCUCCUGAGCAAGAAGCUCCACUGGAGGAGACAUCUGCUUCUCCUAGUGCAGCAGGUGAAGAAGUAAUUAUAGAGACAGAGGAGCCAGCUCUGAACCAACAAGAUGAGACUGCCUCCGAUGAGCCACUUGAGACAGAGGAAAGCCAACCUGCAAUGGAGGACUCCGAAAAAGAGGAGCCAGAGGAAGAGAAUUUACCUGAGACAAAUGAAAAAGAGGAACAGAAAGAAGAGGAGGACACUGCCACCACUGAAGAUGAUGAUGAUGAUGAUUAUGAUUAUGAGGGGAAAAGCUCAAACGAAACUCACGAUUCUCCUCCUGGGGUUCGAGUUCUUCGAGGAGGCAGGAUCAAACCUGUCCCGCCAACACCCAAGCGCACAUCCAGUAGACUGAGCAAAGCUGUGGUCAUACAGGUGGUGGAUGAGGAGUUUGAUGAUGAAGAAGAAGAGGAGGAGGAGGAAGAAAAGCUCACAAGCACUGAAGAGGAGAAGGGGAGCACAGAGGAAGAUGAAGCUGCCGAACACAGUUCGGGAGAAGAGGAGGAGCCGCCGGUGACUGACAGGAGAGUCUUGUGGAGGAAAGCCAAAGUGAUCCAGGCCACACCCACAAAAGCAAAAAGACGCAGUAAAAACUGAUUUCAUUAAUUCUCCAUGACACUCCAGUACACUCCAUUCAAAAAACAUAGUUUGUAAGUUAGUAGGCACUACUUAGUACACACACAUCUGUUCUAGAAAGUAUUGAGCGUCUUUUAUACUUGGGUUAGGGUUUAUAACAGGUGGUGUUUACAACAUCUAGUUUUUGGUUUUGGUUCAGGUUUUGUUUUAUGACUAAAAGAGAAAUUUCAAACAAAAUGGGCAGUAUUUCAUAAGCACAGUCCUUAAUAAUAAUGCUGACUGCUCACAAUUAUAACUGAUUUUUAUCUCCUUUACUUUUGAUUUACGUGAUGCUUAUUGAAUGCAGCUUAAACUGCUUAUAAAAAAGCAGCUAUAAGUUUGCAAAUUUACAAUGUGAAGAUCUUAUAUUAGGCGUGCUGCUGUGGAUUGAGUUUCACCAUUAUCGUUUCAGAUUUUGUUCUCACAAAUUUUUUGAUUUCGAUUUUGUUUCACCUCACACAAUAAGGUUUUAAGGAGGUCCUUUCACAUUUGUAACUACCUUUCAGAUGAUAGGUUAUUACAUUUGUUCUCAAAAUUAGUGAAUUAAGGCAUUGCUAUGCACGCCCAUACAUACACACGAACAUAUGUACGUGUAUUCACACAUAAAUAUGCAAGUAUGUUUAUACCUGAGGAAAGUGCAGGUUAAUAUAAAGUUUACAUGAAGGCUAAUAUGUUUUGGUUAAUUAUAUAUAUGGUGUGUUUAGCAUCCAAAACAGGUUUGCGUUUAAAUAUCUUAAUGUCUUAUUUUAAAUACCAACUCUAGAUUAUAUAUUAAGCUGGAAACUAGUACAUAAAAUAAGAGUGGUGAAUCUUUAUAAUUUUGGCUUUAAGUAAUGUAAUAUUAAGACUCGUGUUGACACCUGUUAGCAUUUUACUCAUGGUUUGUUUCGUUGACAUUUUUCGUUCUGCGUAUCCUUGUUUUUUCCC